CCACAGCUCCACGCAGGAGGGAGGAAGAGGGAGGCWCUGCCAUUCACCACUCUGCCUGCCUCCUUUUUUUAUUAUUAUUAUUAUUAGCUCUCUUAGAUCUGUCAGCUGCGCUUUUCCCCACUAACCAAACAGGCUGCGCGUCUUCGAGUCUCAGGUAAAAAGACAAAAGAAAAAAAAAAAAGGAAGAAGAAGAAGGAUGGCCCUUUGGUAAACACCGCCGCUCCGUUUCCGCGUCCCCAUCACCAUCCUUACUAUGUUCAAGGCGGUGAACUACCCGGCCGUGGAUCCUGCGCCCACCAUCAUCCACGGCGCCUGGCUGUCCGCCGCGGGCUGCCGAGAGAACGCGCCCGUGGCCGUGGACAAGCCCAAGACGAAGAAGGCGUUCAGCCUGGUCAGAAUCAUGUCUCUGGGUAACAACAAGAAGGGCCCCGGCCAGAAUCUGCAGCACAACAACAACAACAGCAUGCCUUUCACCAUCCACUGUCAGAUCGGCAAAGAAAUCAAGCACAUUUGCAGCAACUGCAGCCGCGGGAACGACACGCAGGACGCCGAGGAAGUGGAGAGGCUGGCAGCCAUGCGCUCCGAGUCCCUGGUUUCGGGCACCCACACUCCCCCCAUCCGCCACAGGAGCAAGUUUGCUACUCUGGGGCGACUCCUCAAACCCUGGAAGUGGAGAAAGAAGAAGAGUGAGAAGUUCAAGCAGACUUCUGCAGCUUUGGAGAGGAAGAUGUCACUGCGACAGAGCAGAGAUGAGCUCAUCAAGAGAGGGGUGCUGAAGGAGAUCUUUGAAAAAGCAACGGUUGAAUUUCGAUCCUCGAUGGACGGCAGUGUCUGCACUCAGGAGCCCUCUGUUAAGUCAUCUAUGGUCUUACCCACCAAGAAAUCUGUCACUUAUCAGAGUGACCAUCAGGAUACUCCGGCCAAGCCACCGCUUUAUCACAAACAGCCACCUGCUCUGCCUCCAAAACCUUUCUCUAGGAUCCCAAACCAUAGCACAGAUCCUUGCCAUCCUGUGAAGUUGCCCUGCAUGCCCGGAGGAAAGCACUCUCCACCCCUGCCUCCCAAGAAAGUGAUGAUUUGUGUGCCUCCGGGGGGGCUGGACUCCUCCCCGUCGCCGUCGCCGAGUCCCCUCAACACGCUUCCACCAAAGUGCGGCCCUCCGCAGGGCAUGCCGCCGCACCACGGCGCGCUGCUGCCCUCUCAGAUCAGCGGACUGUCCGGGUUCCACCAGAGCCACGGCCACCCGCUCCAGCUCCAGUACGGCAGCCUGCACGGCCCCAGCCGCAUCAUCGAGGAGCUCAAUAAAACCCUGGCGCUCUCCAUGCAGAGGUUUGAAAGCUCUGCUUUGCUUGGUAGCAUUCAGUGUGCGCCCCUUGAAAGAAGAGAAGUGCCCUCCGUGAUAAUUGACUACGAGGAUGACAAGGAGAACUUGCCCAACGAGUCUGAUUACGAAGAUCUGCCAAGCAUGUAUAAGGACGAGGAAGAUGAUGAGGAUGACGAUGACGACGAUGAGGAUGACGAGUACGUUGGCGAAGAAGGUGCUACGAAAAGACUCUCUGGCCAUCAAGCUGAGUAACCGUCCGUCCAAGCGAGAGCUGGAGGAAAAAAACAUCCUGCCCAUGCAGACGGACGAGGAGAGGCUAGAGUCSAGGCAGCAGAUAGGCACCAAACUCACAAGACGCUUGAGUCAAAGACCCACAGCUGAGGAACUAGAACAAAGGAACAUCCUCAAACCUCGUAACGAGCAGGAGGAACUGGAGGAGAAGAGGGAAAUAAAACGCAGGCUGUCACGAAAGCUGAGCCAAAGGCCGACUGUUGAAGAGCUGAGACAGGCCAAAAUUCUCAUCAGAUUCUGCGACUACGURGAGGUGUCAGACGCUCAGGACUAUGACAGGCGAGCUGAUAAGCCCUGGACUCGGCUCACAGCUGCUGAUAAGGCAGCCAUCAGGAAAGAACUCAACGAUUUCAAGAGCAAUGAAAUGGAAGUGCACGAGUCAAGUCGUCAUUUAACCAGGUUUCACAGACCAUAGUAGACCACAACUGUCUCCGGACCCAAGCCGUCUGGUCCGCUGAGAACCUUAAGUGCUGGACUGUAAAAUGGUGCCCGUCUCUACAAAAAAUUUUUAAAAAAGGCCAUGGCUUCUGAAAUGCCUUUUCAGGACUUACACAUCUGAGUCAGUACUACACACAAUGCAGUCCCCUGUAGUAGCACAAAACGACUCUAGUUAAUUUCCGUCGCCCCUGUAAUGAAUUCACUCGGCUGUCUCUUAAACCUCUCUGCUGACUGGCUGGUGGUCAGUUCUGUAGAGACCGGACAGUGGAAGAGUUCUGAUUGAGACUCGUGGCGCAUCGUUUUUUUUUAAAUUUAUUAUUAUUAUUUUUGGUCCAUCAGUAAUACCAUUGGACUUGGCUCAGUGGACAUGUUUUUUGCUCCUUUCUAUAUCAUUAUGAGCACCUGGUUCUUUUUGGACAAAUCCUGUGCGAGGAUGGAGGGUUGAUUAGUUCUGAGCCAGGAGCUCCAUCUUUAAAGCACCUGCUGGGAUUUUACAGACAGCCAAGAAGGAGGGAGGCCUCCAACACUGGAAUCAUGUGCAAUGUCCUUUUUUUUUCUUAGACUAUAGCACCCCCUGGAGUUCUCUUUGUGUGAUUCAUUUGUAUUCUCCAUCCCUCUCCUUGUACGUGCAAUUCAAACUGUACCAGCAAUGCUGACAUCAAGUUGCUAACUGUGAAUUUGAGAGUUUGGAUAAUCCCUGCGCUCUCUCCAAAAUGUACAUUUUGUUUAUACCGGAGAAGUAAAAGUACGUUUUAAAAGAAGGAGGAAAAAGAUAAAUUCAUGUUUAAAAUUGUAUUCAUGUCUUAUGCAUUUAACUGUAGAAACUGCAGAUCUUUGAUAUAUAAUUUUAGAGUGUGCACAUUUUAUC